AUGCAGGCAGGGAUCAUCAUGGGACCUUCGAUUUUAGGUCAGAACACGAAAUACAUGGAUACAAUUUUUUCCGACAGAGGGAUGUAUAUGUUAGAUACAACCGCAAACUUUGGAGUUGCAUGCUAUAUUUUUAUUACAGCAAUCAAAUUAGAUCCAACUAUGUUAUUAAGAGCUGGAAAAAUUUCUUGGAUUAUAAGUUUAUCCAGCUUCUCAAUUCCUUUUAUUUAUUCAUUAAUUUCCACUUUUAUGAUUCAAAAAAAAAUUCCCGGAUUCAUUCACAGGGAAGAAAAAGGAUUACCUACAAUCAGUUGCGCUCUAUCCGUCACCUUCUUUGUCUCCGUUGCGGAUGCCAUGGAAGAACGAAGCUUAAGAACGACGGAAUUAGGGCAAAUUUCUAUGUCUUCUGCUAUGAUCAUGGAAAUGUUUGGUUGGGUUCCGUUAAUUCUCUCAUUUACUUUCUUCGGAAAUGUUUAUAAAGCGUUUGUAUUUUUGUUUUUUCUGUGUGGAAUAAUACUCGUUGGAGUUUACGUUAUCCACCCGGUCGUAAAACAUAUAAUAAAAACAACGCCGGAAGGGGGUUCCACAAGCGAAACAUGCGUAGUUGGAAUAGUUUUAGUGUCGUUUUUUAUGGCAUUCGUCACGGAAUAUCUUCUUGGUAAUGUUUUUAUAGGGAGUAUAAUUGUAGGGUUAUGUAUACCUGAAGAAUCAUCAUUAGGUGGUGCGAUUUUAGAGAAAACUGAAGCUAUUGUGAUGAAGAUUUUUCAGCCUACGUUUUUUAUGAUUAUUGGGUUAUCGAAUCAAUUUUGGGCAACCACUGCCUAUGUGGCCGCAUAUUGCCUUAGAGGCGAGGGUGGAUAUCCCGCAACUCGGCGGUCACAUAGACAAUUGGUAGACCAAAGAAUGUAUACUACAUUAGUAUUAUCCAAUAUUUUUCUUACUUCUGUGCAUAGCAAUAUACUAGACAUAUUCUACAAACCUCAAACAAGACUUACAGAAUCUCCAUCUGCUCAAAAACGUUUCAGAAAUCUUCAAUCCGCCUCCGUUUCUAAACCGUUACGCCUUCUAACCUGCAUUCACUCCGAAGAUGAUGUCCGAGGCAUCAUUUCCCUACUCGAAGCAUCAAAUCCGAAUGCAAUUAGUCCUAUUCACGCAUAUAUUGUUCAUACCAUUGACCUCGCGGGUGGUAUGGUUCCGAGAUUAACACCUUAUAACACUAAUUGGAGAAGGUAUCGAUCUUAUGCAAGCUCGAAUCAUAUAAUGCAAGCCUUCUCGAAUUACUCGAAAAAUUCUCGAGGUCCUGUCUCGAUUCGACCAUUCACAUUGGUUGCUCCGUACAGGACAAUGCAUAACAUUCUUUGCAAUCUCGCUGAGGAUAAAAAAUUAAAUAUAAUUAUUGUUCCGUUUAUGUGUGAUGAUAUCGAAACUAGCAGAAUAGUGCCAUAUAGUCUAGUCUGCGAAUUUAAUACUCAACUUCAAGUGAAUUCCCCUUGUACUGUCGCAAUUUUAGUAGAUAGAGGAUUGAAUCAUCGACGGAUAAAUCUUGGAAAAUUUUCGUACAAUGUACUAGUAAUUUUUAUCGGGGGCGAUGACGAUCGUGAAGCGUUACAAGUAGCCACCCGAAUGUCGGGAAAUCCGGAUGUGAGCAUUACAUUGAUGAGAAUUUAUCUGAAAAAUGAGGAAGUUUAUGAAAUUGAGGAUAAAUUAGAUGAAUCAUUGAUCAAAGAGUUUAAAGAAAAAAAUGAGAAAAAUAAAAAUGUGGUUUUGAGAGAAGCUAUAGUAAGUAAUAGUACAGAUUUGAUAAAUUUGAUUGGAUCGCUGGAUGGAAAUUAUGAGAUAAUUAUAGUGGGGAAAAAGCAAAUUAAAUUAAAUUUAAUGAAAGAAUUGCAAGAUUGGAUUGAUUAUCCAGAAUUGGGGGUGAUUGGUGAUAUGAUUGCUUCUUCAAAUUCCCAUGAUUGUAAAAUGUCUGUUUUAGUGAUUGUGGAUAUAGACGAGUAUGACAAAGCCUGA